UCUCUUAAAAACAAAGUCAGAAAGGAAAUGAUAUUAAGCAAUGCAGCCGAUUCUUUACGAACGCACCAGCCUUACAGUAAAUCACGUUGUAUAUGUGUUGGGAACAGCAGGUGCCGGGAAAACAGAUUUCUUAAAUAAUCUAGAACUUUAUAGUGAUGAUCAGAUUCGCUGUCGACCAUGCAAAGUCUCUGCGACUUCAGGGCAAGAAAUACACAUGCUUCGCGUCUGCCCUCCCUCUAGCACUGACUGCGUAGAUAUUGAGGUACGUGAAUUAGGCGGCUCGGCAGCAGCCUCGUGGGAAAGCUUUAUUCGCGACCGCACUCUGAAGGAUUUUCAGCAAUCUACACAAUAUUCUCUCAUAUAUAUCGUGGAUGCCGCCUCUCCUCAUCAGUUGUGUAUGGCCAGUAACAUAUUUCAUCUUUUGAAACAUGGCCCGUCAGGUAUUUGUUGCAGCUGGCCUACCCUAGUGGUGAUUCAAAAAUGCGCCUCUCCAUACGCCUUUACAAAGGACGAGGUAUCGGAGUACUUGUUAGUAGAACACUUGGCGGUUGGUAUACAAGUUAUAGAAGCCGACUCCUGGAAUGGAUAUGGAAUAGGAGAUAUCUUUGAUUGGAUUUUACGAUGUAUUCAAACGGGUUAG